GGUGGUGUGAAACGUAUAUCGGGUUUAAUUUACGAAGAAACUCGUGGUGUACUAAAAGUCUUUUUGGAAAACGUCAUUCGUGACGCAGUCACGUAUACCGAGCACGCCAAAAGAAAGACUGUAACGGCCAUGGACGUUGUCUACGCUCUGAAGAGACAAGGACGUACUCUAUACGGUUUUGGAGGUUAAGCGAGGCAUCAUCAUC